AUGAAUUUUGCAAGAAAUAGUAGUAAUGGGAAACAGCUAUUGUAUAUCUUUAAAAGAGGUUUAGCUGCUCGCCCAGCAUUUAAACCAUCUAAUGUUAAAAAUGAAACGAAGGCAACGUUCGAUAAUAAUAUUUUAAUCAAAGAGAGAAACAGAAAGAAAAGAUGGGAAAUUGAGAAUGUAUCGAAGGAUGAUUUUUUCAAGAAAUAUGCACAUAUUCAUGCAAGACAGAAAAGGGAAUCACCCAGACAUUCAAAAGCCAAAUAUGAAACGACUUCUCCACCAAACAGAAACUCUUACAAAAAAAAGUUACGAAGUGACCUAUUUGUGAAUCCGCUUGUGGAAUAUAUAUAUGGUAGAAAUACUAUUGUUGCAGCUUUGAAUAAUCCAAAGAGAGAAUAUUUUACUUCGCUCUAUUAUUAUGGCUCUGCCUUUGAAGAAUUACCUACAGACAUUAGGGAUAAGUGUGAAGAAUUAAAUGUCAAACGGAUAGCUGUUGAUAAACAUAGAUUAAAUAUUCUCACAAAUAAUGGGGUACAUAACAAUUUAGUACUAGAAACAAAGCGAUUACAACCACCUGAAGUGACAUACUUGGGGGAAUGUGAUGAAGAACGUUCUGAAGCCCAAUUAGUUUGUAACGAAGAACCUGUGUUCACUAACGACGAUGAAGAAACUACAAGGUCUUUCGACGUUCAGACAAUGAAGUACUUGAAAGAUGAGAAGAGAAACAAGAAAUUUCCAUUGGGGUUAUACUUGGAUGAAAUUAGUGAUCCACAUAACAUUGGAUCGAUUAUUAGAAGUGCGUAUUUUCUUGGUGUUGAUUUUAUAUUAAUGUCAAGAAAGAACUGCAGUGCAUUGACCCCGGCUGUCAAUAAGACCAGUAGUGGUGCCAUUGAACUAAUGCCAAUAUAUUACGUUGACAAGCCAAUGAACUUCUUUGAAGAGAGCCGUAAAAACGGAUGGUCAUUUGUGUCGAGUUAUUUAACAGACAUGAAAGGCAGCACUAAGAAACACAUUCAAAAAGAACAAAUUCUAGAACUAGAAGAUCUUGGAGGAAUAUGUAAUGAGAUGCCAGUUAUAUUAGUCGUUGGCAGUGAAAGCAAAGGUAUCAGAACGAAUCUAAUCAUGAGAAGUGAUUUCUUUGUACAAAUCCCAUUUGGGAGGUCCACUGACGACUCAAAUCAAACAAUCGACUCGUUGAACGUCGGUGUUGCAGCUGCACUAUUAAUUAAUAACAUAAUAAGAUGA